CCUUCGCUUUACUUCGGAAUCCCACUCCCCGUUUGGAUCUACGAUCUUCUUCUUCUUCGUUGUAUAAGAAGUCGGGAAAAUCCUUCCAGAUUCAGAAAAACUACGAUUUCUGUCGUUCCCUCGCGGCGAGAUCCCGUUCUCGCGCUUACUUCGUGCGGUUCUGCCCCGUCAGAUCGUGAAAUCCUGUUAAAGUUUUCUGAGUUACUCGUUUGGGUCUUUUCUCUUCGUGUUCUUCCUCUUCCUGUAUAAAAGCAACUAAGGGUUCACGAGAGAGGAAUCUUUGGUUUUUUCUGUAGUUUAUUGAAGGAAGGUGGAGAUUUUUUCUCCGUUAAAAAAUUAAAGGUGGAAUUGAUGCCGAUUUUGGCUGUAGAGUUGGUAUAAAUAGGAAUUUUGGAGUUCGUGAAGUUCGUCGGGAGGGGUUCCAGCAGUCGUGAUCUUUUUCCUUUUUCCCUCUUUGAAUUUGGGUUGUGCUUUCUUUGUUUUCAGGCCUUCUCUUUUUCCUCCAUUUCUGUGGGGUUUUAUUUCUCGGGAGAUCUGUUUACAAUUUUAGAAAUUACCGGCGCUUCAAUUCAAUUGGCGUUUACUGGUUUUCUGUUUUCCGUUUUUUAAUUUAUCUAGAGAUAUUACUUAAAAGUGGGAGUUUGUGUCGUUUGGAUUUUCUGUUUUCCUGAAUUUUGGGUUUUUUCGAGUUCGUUACGUUUGGCUUUUCGUUUUCUUCUGAUUUUGUGGGGGUUGUUGGGUUUCACCUCGAAUUGGUGGGAACGCAUUUUGUUCUAAAUUUUACGCCCUUUUUAACUACGAGCAUUUCUCGUCUCUCGGCAACAAUUGUUAUCCAAGAAUUCUCAGUACUUGAUUUUUUUUUUUUUUGUGCCUUUGUUCUUGUCUUUCUCGAGUGGACACUGUACAUUUCUUGUGAUAUUAGCAUUCUUGCCAACUGGGAAUUCUUAUCUAUCUUAUCUUUCUCUUGUCCAAGUAACCAACCAAAAGCUGCUCUGUCUCUAAAAGAUCAAAUCGCCUUCCUACUACCGCAAAAUUUGAUCUUCAAAGUUUAUAACAAGCACUCAAAAUCUUUUCGGAUUUGUAGAAAAAUCUUGUCCUGUUUAGAAGUUUGCUGGGGAGUUUCUCUUGAGUGAAUUUUGAUCGUGAGUAUGGUGGCUAUUGAGAAGGAAAGAGAGACAGAAACAGAGUUCUGCCUUCCUAAGGAAGUGCGGAAGAUACUCCACACGUUGGCAUGUCAGUGGGAAGAUGUGCUUGAUGAUAAGAAGUUGCAGGUGGUUCAGCUCAAGGGUGCCAUGACCAACGAGGUGUUCCAGUGUCUUUGGGUAUCGAAGAAGGAGGUGAAGGGCACGUCGUCCAGGAAGGUCCUGGUUAGGAUAUACGGCGAAGGAGUUGACGUCUUCUUCGAUCGCAAUGAUGAAAUACGUACGUUUGAAUGCAUGUCAAGGCACGGGCAGGGGCCUCGGCUUCUUGGUCGUUUCCCUAAUGGCCGCAUCGAGGAGUUUAUUCAUGCAAGGACACUUUCAGCGGCUGAUCUGCGUGACCCAGAGAUAUCUGCAUUGAUAGCAGCUAAAUUGAGAGAAUUUCAUGACCUUGACAUGCCGUUGCCAAAAGACCCACUCCUCUGGAAUCGACUAAGGAACUGGCUUAAAGUGGCUACAAAACUUUGCUCUACAGAAGAAGCUGCAGAAUUUGAGCUGGACAAGAUUGGAGAGGAGAUAAAUAUCUUAGAAAAGGAGCUCUCGAACGACAAUCAUAAGAUAGGCUUCUGUCACAAUGAUCUACAGUAUGGAAAUAUCAUGAUGGAUGAGGAGACCAAAGUGCUAACCAUCAUAGACUAUGAGUAUGCAACUUUUAAUCCUGUUGCUUAUGAUAUUGCAAAUCACUUCUGUGAAAUGGCUGCUGAUUAUCAUACCGAAACACCUCAUAUUUUGGACUUUAACAAAUAUCCAGACUAUGAGGAGCGUAAAAGGUUUGUCUAUGUAUACCUAACUUCUUCAGGUGACUAUGCUGGUGAAAUGGAAGUUGAACAACUUGUCAAGGACACGGAGAAGUAUGCACUUGCGAGUCAUCUCCUAUGGGGUUUAUGGGGAAUCAUCUCGGAACAUGUAAAUGAUAUAGACUUCGACUAUCUGCAGUAUGCGAAGCAAAGGUUCAAGCAGUACUGGCUGAGCAAACCAGCUGCUUUGGGUUGUUCAUGUCCUUGAUCUGCUUAUAGAUCUGCUUGUCAAUAUUGUGUAAAUGUAAGAAUGAUUUUGAUCUUGUCAUUGAAAUGAGAACUCUUGAGGGCUUCUCUUUCUA